AUGGACGCGUUUAACGCCAGCGGAAUGGACACGUUCACGGUGAUCCACCUGAAUUCCUCCUGGAGUCUGGACAGUGGAUACUCUUUGGCAGCGAUAGCCAGCAUUGCCGCCCUCGUAAGUUUUCUCAUCCUCUUUACCGUUGUUGGAAAUAUUCUGGUGGUUAUUGCGGUGUUGACGAGCAGGGCGCUGAAAGCCCCGCAGAACCUUUUUCUGGUGUCUCUGGCCACCGCGGACAUCCUGGUCGCCACUUUGGUGAUGCCGUUUUCUCUGGCCAAUGAACUUAUGGGCUAUUGGUAUUUUGGAAAAGUUUGGUGCGGUAUUUAUCUGGCUUUGGAUGUUUUGUUCUGCACUUCGUCCAUUGUUCAUCUGUGCGCAAUAAGCCUGGACCGGUACUGGUCCGUUACGCAGGCUGUAGAGUACAACCUGAAGCGGACUCCGAAACGCGUCAAGUGCAUCAUCCUAAUCGUGUGGCUUAUAUCCGCUUUUAUCUCAUCUCCUCCUCUCAUAUCUAUAGACAGCAACAGUGAUAUCAGCUCUCAGCCUCAGUGCGAGCUGAAUGAUGAUACUUGGUACAUCCUCUCCUCCAGCAUCGCCUCCUUCUUCGCUCCGUGCUUAAUCAUGAUCCUAGUGUAUAUCAGAAUAUACCAAGUGGCCAAAACCAGAACCAGAAGCAUGUCGGGAAAAAAGCCCAGGCCAGAUGGUGUCACACAAACUGAGAAUGGACUGAGCAAAGCCACCUCCCCUUUCCACGGUGAGAAGGAGAACGGUCACUGUCAGUGCCCACCUACACCCAGCCAUCGCACCGUCACCAUCGGGCAACAGACUGAGGAUGCUGACAUGGAGGAGAGCUCCUCCUCAGAGGGCAAAGGUCACAAACCCCAGCAACAGGACUCCCAGAGAGCCAAGAGGGCCGGCCAAAAGAAAAGCUCCCUCUCCAAACACUCCACUCGCAUCUCCAGAGUCAGCAACAAAUCCAUAGACCUCUUUGCCUCCAGGAGGAAACGCCGCCGGAGCUCCUUAGCCAGGAAAAAGGUCUCACAAGCCAGGGAAAAGAGGUUUACAUUUGUCCUGGCUGUGGUCAUGGGGGUGUUUGUUGUGUGCUGGUUCCCCUUUUUCUUUAGCUACAGCCUGUACGGAGUGUGCAGGGACUCCUGUAAGAUCCCAGACCCGCUCUUUAAAUUCUUCUUCUGGAUUGGCUACUGCAACAGCUCCCUGAACCCUGCCAUCUACACCAUCUUCAACCGGGACUUCAGACGGGCAUUCCAGAAGAUCCUCUGCAAGUCGUGGAAAAAGUCCUUUUAG